CGCACCGUCUGAUGCUGGCCGCUGUGUGCUGGACGUGGAGUCGGUGUUCUCCAAGGUCGAGGCGUACAAAAGGGAGGCGAGGCUGUGCCCUGUCUCGAGGCGUGCCAUCUCCCCCCCCAAGCUCUCUUGCCUCGCCAUGGCUACGAUCAACGCCUCGUUUGUGUCGGCGCCGCGCUCGAUUGAGCAGAGCAACACCGCCGCCUCGCCCAUCCACCACCAGACGACGAGCCACGCGGCGCUGAUGCGUGGACGCGCCGAGCAGCGCGCCGGCUCGGCGCUCGAGAAGGACCUCGAGAAGGGCGCCGGCGCGCAGCAGCCGCACGCGCAGGACCUUGCCCGCAGCGGCUCGCCCGACGAGGACCGCGACGACCUCAACACGCUGGCCGAGGCGGCUGCGGGCAACCCCGAGCUCGCGAUCCAGCAGCUGCUGUCGACGUACAAUGCCGCCGUGGCGCGCGCCAUCUCCUACGACAACUUCAUCUGGAGCACGCCGGGCGUGACGCUGGCGGCGCACGCGUUCCUGUUCAGCAUCGCACUCGCCGGCGUCAACUCACAGGCGUCGCGCAUCAUCUCGAUGAUCCUCUCGCUGCUGAUCAGCCUCAUCAUCUUCCAGGUCUUUGCGCGCCACCGCCAGGCCGAGGUGGCCAUGUCCGUGUGGCUGCAGGCCUUUGAGGAGCGCCACUUUGCCGGCCUCAAGCCCGAGGACCACCUGCACUCGCGCGGCCUGCAGCUCAAGAAGGAGCUGCGCCACUCGCGCAUCCCCAACGGCAUCCUGUUCCCGCAAGUCGGCAACUACAACAUGUGGCAGGGCGCCAUCGUGCUGAUCGGCAUGGUCGCGCUGGCCACGCUGAUCAUGACGUGCGUGCGCGACGACCUCUUCCGCAACCCGGCGUGAGCCAGCGAGCACAGAGAUGCACGACAGCAAGCCUGCCACGGCUCCCUACUCCACGAACGCUAUGCCCUCUACCAUGACAUGCCUCCUUACCUAAUGCAGCGUAUUGACGUCGCCUGUCGCUGCGCCGGUGCGCGCACCUGCGGGUUGAGCAAGCAGAGGUGCCGGUGUGCGGAGUGCAGUCAAAAGCUGAAUGCUCCCUUUGCACCCUGGUGCGUGUGGAUGCGCCUUGCUAGCUUGCCGGUCGGACUGGUGGAGAAUGGCGCCGCUGAGCGGCGGGUGCGGGUAUGUGGUCGAGAGCAAAGCAGGAAGCGGCACGCGACACGCGCCUUGGCGCGGGGGCCAGGCUG